CAUCGAAGCCGUCUAUUUGCAAAUACGGAAUCAUCGCCCUCUGGAUAUUUGAGAGCCUCACCACGGCCGCGAACCAUCUGCUUCAAAGGCAUGGAUACGAAAGAUUCUGUCGGCGAGCGCCAGGAUCGCACGGACGACGGCGACGAGCCUCGUCAAGGGCCUCAGCAUUGCAAGGAUCGCUCUGACAAGCCCUCGCUGCGGGCCCAGACACCGUAUAUAUCAAACUCUGUGUCGGCGCUUGCCGAAGGAUCUGUCGCCCACCACCACCACCACCACAAGCACAUAUCAUCGUUCUCUGUCGACGCGAUCGACUGUGUGUCCUUUGGCGGCCAGCGACAGUCGCCCACGAACCCUGCCCUGAGCAGCGACGACCAAGCUGGCUCAACGCCCCUGCUUGCGGGUGCCCAGAAGAAGCGGCGUCCCAAAAAGCAAAUCAGCCCUUCAUUGACCAUCAGCACGAUCUUUUGCAAGUACGACAUUGUGCGGAACUGUGCGCUCAAGUUUGGGUUCCGAAUCGUCGAUGACACACCCGAGGCGGACCGCUGGAGCGUCUGCUGGAUCGACACCGGCGUCUCGGUCGAGCGGGUUCUGAGCAUGGAGCCAUACCAAAAGAUCAAUCACUUUCCCGGCAUGCACGAGAUCUGUCGAAAGGACCACCUGGCCCGCAAUCUCAAUCGCAUGUCGAGGAUCUUUCCGAAAAAGUACAACUUUUUCCCAAAGACAUUCAUCCUGCCGCUCGAGUGGGCCGAUUUCAAGCUGGCUCACAAGGCCCGUCGCCGAAAGGGUGUCUGGAUCGCCAAGCCCGACCACGGCUGCCAGGGCAAGGGGAUCUUCCUGUUCAACAGCCCCAAGGAGAUCUCCAGCGUCAUGGGCAGCCAGCACGUUGUUCAAGGACACAACAACAUCAUCGUGCAGGCCUAUCUCAACCGACCCUAUCUUAUGGACGGCUUCAAGUUUGACUUGCGGGUCUAUGCCCUCGUCACCUCGGCCGAUCCGCUGCGGGUGUUCAUGUUCAAGGAUGGCCUGGCCAGGUUUGCGACCGAAAAGUACGUCCCGCCACGACAGGACAACCUGGCCGAUGUCUGCAUGCAUCUCACCAACUACGCCAUCAACAAACACUCGGACAAGUUCCAGAGGACCGAGGACCGGGACAAGGGCAGCAAACGCAGCGCCCGGGCUGUUCUGGAGCGGAUCGCCCAGAGCCGAGGCGUCCCCGUCGAUCUGCUCUGGAAACGCAUCGGCGACGUUGUCAUCAAGACCAUCCUGACGGUCCAGCCGCAGCUGAGCCGAUCUCUCCGUGCCUGCUUUCCGAAAAAGACCAGGGACAGUUUCCAGGCGAGCGCCUCGGAUAUGGGAAGCCAGUGCUUUGAGAUCCUUGGGUUCGAUAUCCUGCUGGAUCGGCAGCUCAAGGCCUGGCUGCUUGAGGUGAACCACUCGCCCAGCUUCACCUGCGACAGCCCCCUGGAUGCCGAGAUCAAGGAGGGCGUCAUCCUUGGGGCCUUCAAGCUACUGAAUCUUAAUGCAGAGGUCGAGCGCAAGUUCCACCGGGAGCAGAAGGAGCGGCAAAAGGAGCGGCUGCUGGGGGCCACCGUAUCGGCUGUCCCGGGAGAGAAGACUCGGUCUGCCGGUCUGCAAGGGUCAGCGACAGCGGUAUCAGCGGGUUUGACCGAAAGCCAGGCGGCCAUGUCGCUGGAGGAGCUGGCAAGGACCAAGCCAUCGGUGGCAGAAGAGGACACAGAGACUGGUCUCGUCGAUACCCCAGAAGGCACACAAACGAGGGUAUCCUCCCCCGGAUCCCGCUCCUCUUCUCCCAGCAGCGCAUCCGGAUCGAUACGCUCCCAUUCCGACAGCAGCACUCUUUCGGAUGCCGCCAAGGAGCUCCUCGAGUCGUAUUACCGGAUGUACCCGUCGCAUUUGCUGGAUCGGCUAAGCGACUACGAAGACCAGAACCUGGGCGACUACUGGCGCAUCUUUCCACCGACCGAUGUGACCAAACUGACCCAGUAUCUCCAGUGCGUUGCCGAGGCCGCCAACCUGUUUGCCGAGACCAACUCGACAAAGGUGCGCCGAGAGUAUCUCCUCAAGAAGCGCGAGAAGGAGGAGGAAAUCAAUCGCAAGCACCAGGAGUGGAAGGCCCGGCAGAUGCAGCAGAGUCUCAACGUGAGCGCCCAAGAGCAGCGUAGGUCAAACCUGUAUCGAUCAAAGUCGCUGAGCAACAUCACGAAUCGCAAACUCACCGGCAUGGACGGCGCAACCCGGGUCAUGUCGCUGCCAAAGCCGUACCGCGAGCUCGGCCACUUCACAUCCAAACUGGCUCGGGAUGACGACGCCCGAGAGACAUACAGCGACGCGAGGAGCGAGACCUUCUUGAAGGUCUUUCGGUCCUUACAUCUCAACGAUGCCAUGGUAGCCGAAGACGACGACCCAGGUCCUUCGUCGUAUUACCCACCAGGGCUCAGGCGGCAGCCGUCGGCAAGGAGCGCAAGUACCAUAAAGCUUAACAUCGAGUCCAUCAACGACCGCUUCGGGCUGUCGAUCACCAAGCCCGCCGAGUACUUUGUCUCUCGAAAUCCGAGCAAGAUCCGUGGGCCCAAUCCACCCCCGCCGGACCCUCCCGGGCUACUCAGAUCCGAGCCAAACCUGCUGGAUCCUCGAAGCCGGCUCGUCUCAGAAAGAGAGAUUUUUGAAUUUCGGACGCGAAACGCCAGGUUUGCAAAGUACCGGUCGAACGGCGUCCUGCUGGGGAAGAAGAUCGUCGCUCCAACAUCCCCGCACCAGCUCACCAAACUACUCUGCGAGAAGCGGACGCGCCCGCCCACAUUCGUCGACAUCUGUGCGAGCAUCGCCAUUGAUACUCCUCUCCAUCCCCGCCCAAGCUCUCACUCUGCAAAGGCAUCGGCGAGCCGAAAGAGGCCCACGAGCAGCGGCUCCGAGGGAGCUGGUUCAGCGGCGUCACCGCCAGCCGGGAUGCCGUCGCGGUAACCUUGAGAGAGCCUCGGUGCGGCCGCCAGAGGCACGAAGCAGUGAACCGGAGGUGCAGCUGCCCGAUGGCACGAUCGAAGAAGAGCUUCACUGCGCCCAUGAGCCAAUGCAACCAGCUCCGUGAAUAUAUUAUCUGGCUAUCUUUAUU